GAUGCUUCGGGUUGAGCAGCGUGAUUCCAAGCCUACAUCGAGACCAUGUCUGACGUGUUUCGACAGUCCGUACUGAACAGGCUCCCUCAAGAGGCUACGAAAGCUCCUUGGUCUGAAGAUGAGGAACAAAAGGAGGAAUUAGAUGAACUGGGAUCUCUACCAGGUUCAUCAAAGAACAGGGAUCUCUCGCCAUUAUCAGCUGCAGGGUAUUUCGACCAAGCGCUCGAGGUGGAGCCACCAGGAAGCGAUACGACGUUCAGAGUCUACGUUUCAGAGCCGACGACCAAGGACAAGACAUACCUUGUCUGUCAUCAUGGUGCCGGGUCUGGAGGACUCAGCUUCGCAGCGCUUGCAAAGUACGUCCGGGAGGAGAGUAAGAGGGAGCUGGGACUGGUGGCUUUCGAUUGUCGGGGACAUGGUAAAGUGCCCUUGGCAAGCAUUCGAGCUAACGACUUAGGCAAGACGAGAGGUGGCAAUGACACUGAUUGGUCCCUUUCAACACUAGUCUCGGACUUUAUGGGUAUCAUCGACCACAUGUUCAAAGAGACAAAGCCCGCGUUUGUGCUCCUCGGGCACUCUAUGGGAGCUGCACCCGUUAUCUCUGCAGCACCUCUCCUGCUGCAGAAGGGGUACACGGUAUCUGGAGUGGUUGUCCUCGACGUAGUAGAAGGCACCGCAAUCGAAUCACUACCCCUGAUGAAGUCGAUAUUGGCCAAGCGACCGACUUCAUUCCGCUCAGUUGAAGAUGGCAUAUAUUGGCACGUCGCUUCCGCUACUAUACGCGAUACGGAAUCUGCACGAUUGUCCGUGCCGGCCUUAUUGGUCCCGGCGCCAAAUGUGACGAAUCCAGGACCCCAGAGCCGUCAAGUGUGGCGAACAGACUUGGGGGCAAGUGCUCCAUAUUGGUCUGAGUGGUACACUGGCUUGAGUAGCCGCUUUUUGAUGUCCAAAUGUGCAAGGUUACUCGUCCUGGCGGGACAAGAACGGCUGGACAAAGAAUUGAUGGUUGGACAAAUGCAGGGGAAAUUUCAGCUCGAAGUCAUGGCGGAUGUCGGGCACUACCUUCACGAGGUAGGAGCUCAUUCGCAGGACAAUCCGCGGAAAUUGGCCGCCAUUGUCGUCGCGUUCUGGCGAAGGAAUACAAGGAUCCUUGUGCUGCCCCCGAAGAUGGGAUCGCAGGGUGUGGUGGUGAAAAAGGUUGGGGAGAUGUAG